GGAAUCGUUGUCAUUCGCAUAUUGUCACAUUGAGCGUUAGCCAAUUUUGUGUUUUGCAUAUAAAAUUGAAAUCUUUUGAUUUUAGUUGUGUAGAAUAUAAUUUCAAAAUGGGCCGAUCGAGGUCGCGUAGUAAAUCUCCACGGCGGCAUCAUAAAAGCAGUAAACAUUCAAGAAAAAAGAGUAGAUCUAAGGAUCGUUCUUCGUCACGCAGCAGAAACUCAAAACAUGCCGAAAAAUCUAGGGAACGAAGUUCCAAGUCUAGAAAAAGAUCUCAUUCGGUUUCGUCGUCAAGUAGCACUGAUGCUUCAGUUGAAGGGAGUAGAAAUAAUAGAAAAAAGUCUAAAGGACGCAGCAAAAUGGAUGAAGUAGACCGGUUAGCUGAAAUGGAAAGGCAGAGACGUGUAAGAGAAGCAGAACAAAAAGUUGUUGAAGAGGAAGCAGCAAAACGAAUAGAACUUCUGGUAAAGAAACGUGUUGAAGAAGAAUUGGAGAAACGGAAAGAUGAAAUCGAGCAAGAAGUAGCUAAAAGAGUGGAAGAGGCCAAAAGGAAAAUGGAGAAGGAAAUGAUGGAGGAACUGGAACGGCAACGAGAGCAACAGCGACGAGAGGAAGCUGCUCGUCAGGAGGAAGAAGCACGUAAAAGGAAAGAGUUGGAGGAAAUAAUGGCAGAAAAUAAUAAAAAAAUUGAAGAAGCACAGCGCAAGCUGGCUGAAGAACGGCUGGCUAUGAUUGAAGAACAAAGAAAAAUGGAUGAGGAAAGACAGAAACUUAAAAAAGAACAAGAAAAAAGAGUUAAAGAAGAACAAAAGAAGAUAUUAGGGAAGAACAAUUCAAGGCCCAAAUUAUCAUUCUCUUUAAAGCCACUGUCAUGAGUACUUAUUAUUUUAUGUUGUCUUUUGGACAUUACAAAAGACAUGAGAACUAUGGCGUUACUCAAUAUUAUGAUUUUAUAUUUAUGAAACUUUAUAAAUUUCAUUGUCAAGUUUGUACUCUGUAGCAUUAGUUUAAGAACUUCACUCCUUAUUCCUAAUUCUUAUCAUGAUUUUUUUGUUACUGUACAAAUAUAAGAUAUAAUUACUGAGCUUGGACUCUGAUCAAUUAAGAGAAAGUAAAUAGUGAAGCCUAUGAACAAAUUCAUAAUUUAAAACCUUCUUGCCACUUACAAAUCUAAAAAUUAUCUCAUUCAUAUUUCUGCUAUUUUAUCCAUAACAGCUAUGUACCACUACUACACGUAUUUAUAUACUACUAUGGCUAUAAAAUAAGUAAACAUUUCAUCUUGUAUGCAAAUAAUCAAUUGGUCUUACAAUCCAUCUCAGUAAUUUAGAUAUUUAUCUUUUUACCAAAGUAGAUAUUUCAUAUGAAGUCGUCCAUAUGACACGGACUUUUAUUUUAAAAAUAAUAAAGUUAAAAUAAAACUAUAAAGAUUUCUUAAUGUGGGCGAACAUUAAAUAGGCUUAUCUUUAAACAGAUACUUGUAUAUAGUUUUUUCAUUUUAUACAUAGUAAUUCAUAGUAAUGUUUUACGGAAUUUACAGAUUAUUUUUAAAAUUUGACAUAAUUGUGUAAAUUGUAGUGUUUAAUAAUUAUUUUAUUACAAAGAAAUGCAGUAGCAUUAAGUUUUUAUGUAAAUAUUUGUAAUAAGUAAACCUGGCCUAACAAUAGGUUCAUUCGGACAAUUUUCCUAUGCUAGCCUGAUCAGAUUAGCGCAUUUCCGAAGAGUCACAUGGUGCAGGGUAAUUUCGCGAAUCAAAGUGUAAUCGCAUAGGACGAUUGUUCGACUGAAUCUAAUAAUGUGGGGCCAGUUUAACACAGUUUAUUUUCAAUAUAAUAAUCAAUUUCUCGUGACAUUUUGUAAAAGUUGUUGAGCGUUUUAUACACAAUAUAUGUAUGUAUUUGUGAAUACUGUAAUCGAGUCAUUCCUUUGUAAUGAAUUAACAAAUAGAAAAUAAUGUGUAUCAUAUACAUUUUAUAUACCCAGCUAAUACAACUAUAUUGUAAUACAGAUGGAUAUACGAAAUGAAUAUGUGAUUCAUCUUUAGGGGAUAAGUGACAUUUUUAAUUCUCUCCAGAAGUAUUGUUACAUUUUGUAUUAAAUUCAUACGCAUUUCACUAAAAUCCUGUGGAGAUUAUGAAGAUUUCAUUUGUUUUUUUAAUAUUUAAGUUAUUACUAUUCUACUAAAGAUAGCUGAAAACUUGUCAUUAGCGCACAAGUUUUCUGCACCUGUGUUCAAUUGCUAACAAGAUUUUAUAAACAUAAUGGAAACUUGAGCAUUGUAACAAACGGUUGUUACACAUAAAUUGCAGAUUAAUUGAAAAAAAAAAUUAAUUAUAUAUUGGUUUUAAAAUUACGAUUAUUUUAUAUUUUUAGGUUUCGAUCUUGUGAUAAAUUAUACUGUCUGUAUAUCUUCAAAUCGCAUCCCAUAUAGGAUAGGUUACAGGCUAUUAUAUGGUGCCAUUAUGUACAUAUACACAUACAUAGCGGCAAUAAAUACUUACGUUAAACAACUUAUCUUGCUUGAAUGUUUACAAAUCAUUUAUGGUAUUGCAUAGACAUGGGACUAAAUGGUUUUUGUGCUUAUUUUUUUCUUUGCUCAAAAUUAAGUGCUGGCUAUAUAUAUAUCUUCCUCAUAUAAAUUUAGAACAGUAAUAAGAACAAAAUUAGUUGUGGUACUAUAAAAAAUAAUCGAUAUCCCCUUAGUAAUAAGUAUUACUUUUUGUAAUCAAGAAAAAUAUACCACAUAUAAUUGCUAAUAUUGUUUCAAUAUCGUGUAAUAGGCUUAUGUUUUUAUGUCCUUAAGGUGCCUAAGUGUAUGGUCUGUGUUUAAGAAGUUUCAGCAUAAAUUUAGGCUAUUGGUGUGAUUUAAGAACAUAUUUAUGUAUUUGUCUUAGGAUAUGAUGUUUCAUUUCAUGAGUUUUCAUUUUCAUUCAUGAGUCACCAAUUUUCUGUCUAUUAAUAUUUUUUAGUACAAACAAAUGCCUUAGUCAUGUUUAGCAUCUUACUAGCAUGUCAGAAUAUCGUUAUUGGUAUAAGUAAAUAAUAUAACAGAUCAAAUUGUAUGUUCUUUAGACAUUUUAGUUUGAAAUAAUGUUGUCAUAUAUUAAUGGAAUGCUUUUACAUAGAAAUAUAUAAGAAGUAUACUAUAAAAUGUACUAUAUUUACAAAGAGACAAAUAUGUAUCUAAUAUGUCUCGAUGUUAAACUCACUUUUAAUACUGAAAAUAAUAUAGAAGUGGAAACUGGAUUCAACCACCGCUUGUGUAUCCAGGUGCUGGCGUUUAUUAAGAGUUGGCAGAUACGAGUUUUGAUCUACAGCUAUGGGAGACUAUUUUUUUUAAUUGCAACCAACUCAUCUGUAUAGUAAUCUAUACAUUGCCAGUAGCGCCGCCUGUCUUAUAAAGUACGUUUAAUUUUGUAAUAUUUAUCCUACCAUUGUUUGUACAAUUCAUAUAAGUAUAACAGUUUGUAAAAGGUUUAACUUAUACUAGGCUGGCACUAUGUAAUCUCUUUAAAAAUUAUUAUAUUUGCUAUCGUGAAGUGACUAAUGUUAUGUUGAUAAAUUACUAUCAAGCAUGAUGAAAAUUUUACAAAAGGCUGAGUUUUGUAAAAUAUAACAAGGUUGAAAUAUAGCGUCUACCUUGAAGCACGUGAACCCAUGUGGAUAUACCGCCGGUGGACUAAUAUAACUAACAUGUCGCUACGAGACUACGACAAAAAAAUUCACGAAUGCCUGAAAAAUUGGUUCCUUACGCAGGUACCAAGUUUACAUUACUCAAGAAAAUUUUGUCUAUUAACUCUUAUUACUUUACAUUUAUUAAGCAUUGUUAUUUUCGUCUUAUGAUUAUAUUCAUAAUGUCUUCAAUUCCCUUAAUAUAUUUGUCAUAAUAUUCAAACUUUAAUAUGCAAGACAUUUUUAAUACUGUAGUAUUUAUCGAUUUGAUUUAAUAAACGAAUUCGCUAUUUAA